AUGUUCUCGUCGCAGCUGGGUCGCGCCGCUCGUGUCGGCUCCCAGUCAGCCAGCAUCUCUACAUCGUCCUGCGCCGUCGCCAACCGCGUGUCUUCGGCCACAUGCCCGACUCUUCUUUCGCGCCAACGCCGACUCUCGUCAAGCAAGGCCUCAUGCCCGCCCAACGGUGACUCGAACCGCUCUCGCCAGCCUGUCGCCAAGCCUGACCUACCAUCGUCUCGUCCGGCAAAGUCACGUUCUUCCAACGCAAACAAGUCCACUUCGUCCAGUCGCAAUGUCAAGGCCGCCAAGGAUGAGACUUUUGCCAAUCUACCCAGCGUGCCCUCGACUGAGCACAUUCUCCCUCAAGAUAUCACCCUCUCCUCCUUCUUCAGUCUCCAUCGUCCCCUCAGUCUGGGCACCGCCAUCCCACCCACAGCCGAUAUUACCGCUUUCAACAACAUCUUCGAACCCAAGUCUAAGCAACAAAAGACGAACCAGGAUGUCAUCUUCACCCUGUCCAACGCCAUCGACGGCAUCGAGAGCAAGCAAAGAGAUUCGGACCUGAACUGGGACAUCAUUCAAGAGUCGGCAUCCGAGUCGGAUGUCAAGCAUCUGGACGGCGUACCGCGCUCGAGGUCGCUAGAGGACAUGGUCGCACAGUUGAAGCCUUUCACUGCUCCUCCGCCACCCGCUCCCGUCAACGUCGAGCAGCAACAGCGCAAAGCUCACGCCACACCCGCGCCCACCGUCAGCCAGAAACACUUCAAGACCACCAUCACCGUCACAGAGAACAAGCGCUCAGACGGCGUCACCUUUUACACCGCCUCGGCCUCUCCCCCGGAACCCGCUGCCAUCAAGGAGGCCCCAUCAUCCACCUCAUCCACCCCCUUCAAGGACCGUCUGCGAAACCGUGAGGUCAACUACAUCGAGAAGCAGCUCGAACAGCACAGGAGCGACAUUUCCAUUCUGGAAGGCGAGAACAGCAAGGGAGAGAUGCACGCCAUUUCGGUAAAGAGACAGCGCAAGCUGAAGAUGAAGAAGCACAAGUACAAGAAGUUGAUGAAGCGCACCAGAAACUUGAGACGCAGGUUGGAUAGAAACUAG